GGCAGCCGCCUGUAAUGUCAGCUGGACUGGAGCAAGUUGGCAGGUCGUGUUAGCAAAGAGGUAUUUUUUACAUUUUCACCAACCGCCAAAAACAAGCCGGACACCCAGCCGGGAGGUCUUCCACGUACUCGCUCCAGUUGUUUAUUUUAACACUAAACCGUUAUUUCCUUCCUGGUUUGAAUCUCCAUCCGAGGACUAGGUAGCGACUUAGUUAGCCGCUAACCAGUUUAGCUUAGUCCAGCUCGCUAGCUCCCGCUAUGUCGCAGUCGAGCUGCUUGGACCUUCUUUGAGCUGGCGAGUUAGCUCACAAACUGUGACAAACUUCACCUCAAGGCGGAACCCACUCAAGAUGUCUGUGUCGGUGCGGGGCCUGUACUUUUUGCUGACCCUGUUUUUGGCCAGUUUCUUCGGCAGUGUUUUCAUGCUGGGUCCGUUUUUGCCCCUCAUGCUGCUGUCCCCCGCCUGGUACCGCUGGAUCACCGAUCGCAUCGUCGCUACCUGGUUCACCCUACCUGUGUCCUUGCUGGAGCUGGUGUUUGGGGUGAAGGUGGUGAUCACGGGCGACGCGUUUGUCCCCGGCGAACGUAGCGUCAUCAUCAUGAACCACCGCACGCGCCUGGACUGGAUGUUCCUUUGGUGCUGUCUGCUGAGGUACAGCUACCUACGCCUGGAGAAGAUCUGCCUCAAGGCUGCGCUCAAGGCUGUGCCUGGCUUUGGCUGGGCCAUGCAGGUGGCCUGCUUUGUAUUCAUCCAUCGGCGCUGGGAGAAGGACAAGGAGCACAUGGAGAACAUGCUCGACUACUUCUGCGACAUCAGAGAGCCCCUGCAGCUGCUUCUCUUUCCCGAGGGCACCGACCUCACCGAAAAUACAAGAGCGAGGAGCGAUAAGUUCGCCUCCGAGAACAACCUCCCGAAAUACGAACACGUGCUGCAUCCGCGCACCACCGGGUUCACUUUCAUUGUGGAGCGGCUACGAAAAGGAGACAACCUCGACGCCGUCCACGACAUCACGGUGGCGUACCCCAAGAACAUCCCCCAGACCGAGCGCCACCUCAUGCUGGGCCUUUUCCCCCGCGAGAUCCACUUCCACGUGCGCCGCUAUCCUGUGGCGGCGCUGCCCGCGUCCCCCGCACUGCUGGAGUCCUGGUGUCACGAGCGCUGGGCCGAGAAGGAGGUCCGCCUGCGGGACUUUUACUCAAGCCAACCGCGGGGCUUCGAGCGGGAGGGCGUCGCCCGCGUGCCGCCGUGCAAGUCGGAGCUGCGCGUGGCUCUGAUCAAAGCGGCCUCCUUGCUGUACUGGAGCGCUUUCAUCGUGCUGUGUUUCGCCGGCCUGUGGCUCUGGGCCCCUGUCAGGCUCUAUUUGGUGGUCAUGGUGGGGGUGUUUGUAGCUCAGCAGAAGCUGGCCGGCGGGCUGGAGCUGCUGGAGCUGGCAUGCCAUCGCUACUGGACGUCCGUGGCUGCCAAUGGCGAGAAGAAGAAGACCGAGUGAGGACCCUUUAGGGGUCAGCCAUGCAUUUAAAAAAGGGAAUAAGACCACCUGUGACCUCAGUGAAUACUGCUUACAAGGAUGUGUUGACGCCAUCCGCCGUGAUCCCCCACUUUGCGUAUGCUUUUGUUUGUUCCCCCUAAACCGCAAGUUUAUGUUUUGAUGCUCGGGAACUGCAACCCAAUGUCCCCCCUGGUCAUGUUAGUGCAGAUCUACUUGGAAUGUUCUCCGUUUGAGUCAGCCGCUCUAUUACAUGAAAUAGUGGAUAACAGCAGGAAACUGCAAUAGCACACCAGGACGAGAACGAGCCUCUCUUGGGUUUUCUUUUUGAGAAGGGCAGGCAAAGUGUUCGCUACAUCUACGGGGUGCAAUCACACUACAGUCGUCCCUCGUUUACCGCGGCCGGUCGCUUGCAGACGUAUUUAAUUAUUAUUCAUUCAAUAUUUUUGUUUAUUUACAACCUUCUUUAAAUAGGUUUUUGUAACAUUAUUAGCGCUCUCUAAGCAUGACAUCGCACUGAUGUAGUCACCUUUACACUGCUUUCACCCAGCAGCCUUGGGUGUAUUCUACUGGAGAUUACAGUACUCACCCGCUACCGGAUAGGGUACAUUUUCGGGCACUGAUUCACGUAAAAUCCAAAACUGCCACGUUACGGUACCUUGGUUGUCACGGCAACAGCCGGCCCUCAGCACUUCGGAACUCAGUGAUCACAACAGCAGCACUGAGAGCGGAAUCAGCCAAACUACCUCUUGGUAAUGUUGUAAACUUCAAUCCCAAUGAGGAAAUGUACUCAAAAAAACACCCUGAUAUACAAUAUAUAUACAUAUAUAUUUCUAUAUCUAUAUCAAUCAAUCAAUCAAUCAAUGUUUACUUAUAUAGCCCUAAAUCACUAGUGUCUCAAAGGGCUGCACAAACCACUACGACAUCCUCGGUAGGCCCACAUAAGGGCAAGGAAAACUCACACCCAGUGGGACGUCGGUGACAAUGAUGACUAUGAGAACCUUGGAGAGGAGGAAAGCAAUGGAUGUCGAGCGGGUCCAACAUGAUACUGUGAAAGUUCAAUCCAUAAUGGAUCCAACACAGUCGCGAGAGUCCAGUCCAAAGCGGAUCCAACACAGCAGCGAGAGUCCCGUUCACAGCGGAGCCAGCAAGAAACCAUCCCAAGCGGAGGCGUAUCAGCAGCGCAGAGAUGUCCCCAGCCGAUACACAGGCAAGCAGUACAUGGCCACCGGAUCGGACCGGACCCCCUCCACAAGGGAGAGUGGGACAUAGAAGAAAAAGAAAAGAAACGGCAGAUCAACUGGUCUAAAAAGGGAGUCUAUUUAAAUAUAUAUAUAUACAGUAGAUAUAUAUGUAUAUAUACUGUGGGGGCAAAAAAGUAUUUAGUCAGCCACCGAUUGUGCAAGUUCUCCCACUAAAAAUGAUGACAGAGGUCUGUAAUUUUCAUCAUAGGUACACUUCAACUGUGAGAGACAGAAUGUGGAAAAGAAAUCCAGGAAAUCACAUUGUAAUAAUUUUAAAGAAUUUAUUUGUAAAUUAUGGUGGAAAAUAAGUAUUUGGUCACUUCAAACAAGGAAGAUCUCUGGCUCUCACAGACCUGUAACUUCUUCUUUAAGAAGCUCUUCUGUCCUCCACUCAUUACCUGUAUUAAUGGAACCUGUUUGAACUCGUUAUCUGUAUAAAACACACCUGUCCACAGCCUUAAACAGUCAGACUCCAAACUCCACUAUGGCCAAGACCAAAGAGCUGUAGAAAGACACCAGGAAAAGAAUUGUAGACCUGCACCAGACUGGGAAGAGUGAAUCUACAAUAGGCAAUCGGCUUGGUGUGAAAAAAAAUCAACUGUGGGAGCAAUUGUCAGAAAAUGGAAGACAUACAAGACCACUGAUAAUCUCCCUCGAUCGGGGGCUCCACGCAAGAUCUCAUCUCGUGGGGUCAAAAUGAUCAUGAGAACGGUGAGCAAAAAUCCCAGGACCUGGUGAAUGAUCUGCAGAGAGCUGGGACCAAAGUAACAACUGUUACCAUCAGUAACACACUACGCCGACAGGGAAUCAAAUCCAGGAGUGACAGACGUGUCCCCCUGCUUAAGCCAGUGCAUGUCCAGGCCCGUCUGAAGUUUGCCAAAGAGCACAUGGGAGAAUGUCAUGUGGUCAGAUGAAACCCAAAUAGAACUUUUUGGUAUAAACUCAACUCGUCGUGUUUGGAGGAAGAAGAAUACUGAGUUGCAUCCCAAGGACACUAUACCUACUGUGAAGCAUGGGGGUGGAAACAUCAUGCUUUGGGGCUGUUUUUCUGCUAAGGGGACAGGACGAUUGAUCCGUGUUAAGGAAAGAAUGAAUGGGGCCAUGUAUCGCGAGAUUUUGCGCCAAAACCUCCUUCCAUCCGUGAGAUCUUUGAAUGGUUGACCAAAUACUUAUAUUCCACCAUAAUUUACAAAUCAAUUAUUUAAAAUUCCUACAAUGUGAAUUCCUGGAUUUUUUUUUCACAUUCUGUCUCUCACAGUUGAAGUGUACCUAUGAUGAAAAUUACAGACCUCUGUCAUCAUUUCAAGUGGGAGAACUUGCACAAUCGGUGGCUGACUAAAUACUUUUUUGCCCCACUGUAUACACAUAUGUAUAUAUAUAAGUGUGUGUGUGUUUAGGGUUAGGGUUAGAUCCACUAUGGACUGGACUCUCACAAUAUUAUGCUAGAUCUACUCGACGUUCAUCGCACCGGUCCCCUCCAAGGUUUCUCAUUGUCAUCCCAGUGGGUUGAGUUUUUUCUUGCCCUGAGAUGAGAUCUGAGCUGAGGAUGUCGUUGUGGCUUGUGCAGCCCAUUGAGACACUUGUGAUUUAGGGCUAUAUAAGUAAACAUUGAUUGAUUGAUACAGUACAGGCCAAAAGUUUGGACACACUUUCUCCUCAUUCAAUGCGUUUUCUUUAUUUUCAUGACUAUUUACAUCGUAGAUUGUCACUAAAGGCAUCAAAACUAUGAAUGAACACACGUGGAGUUAUGUACUUAACAAAAAAAAGGUGAAAACUGAAAAUAUGUUUUAUAUUCUAUAGUUUCUUCAAAACCCUUUGCUCGAAUCACUUUCUCGCACACUCUUGGCAUUCUCUCCAUGAGCUUCAAGAGAAAUUGUUUUCACUUCACAGGUGUGCUUGAAGCUCAUGGAGAGAAUGCCAAGAGUGUGCAAAGGGUGGCUAUUUUGAAGAAACUAGAGUAUAAAAACAUGUUUUCAGUUAUUUCACCUUUUUUUUGUUAAGUACAUAACUCCACACUCCAAGUCCGAGUCCUCGGUUCUCACCCGGAAAAGGUUGGACGGCCCUCUCCGGGUUGGGGGAGGAGACCCUGCCCCAAGUGGAGGAGUUCAGGUACCUCAGAGUCUCGUUAACGAAUGAGGGAAGAGUGGAUAGUGAGGUCGACAAGCGGAUCAGUGCGGCGUCUUCAGUAAUGCGGACGCCAUAUUGAUCCGUUGUGGUGAAGAAGGAGCUGAGCCGGAAGGCAAAGCUCUAAAUUUACUGGUCGAUCUACGUUCCCAUCCUCACCUAUAGUCUUGAGUUUUGAGUUAUGGCCGAAAGGAUAAGAUCACGGGUACAAGCGUCUGAAAUGAGUUUCCUCCGCUGGGUGGCGGGUCUCUCCCUUAGAGAUAGGGUGGGAAGCUCUGCCAUCCGGGAGGAACUCAAAGUAAAGCCGCUGCUCCUCCACAUUGAGAGGAGCCAGAUGAGGUAAUACGGGCAUCUGGUCAGGAUGCCACCCGAACGCCUCCCUAGGGAGGUGUUUAGGGCACGUCCAACCAGUAGGAAAAGACCCAGGACACGUUGGGAAGACUAUCGGAUGAAGAGCUGGACAAAGUGGCUGGGGAGAGGGAAGCCUGGGCUUCCCUGCUUAGGCUGCUGUCCCCGCGACCCAACCUCAGAUAAGCGGAAGUGGAUGGAUGGACAUAACUCCACAUGUGUUAAUUCCUAGUUUUGAUGCCUAAAGUGACAAUCUACAAUGUAAAUAGUCAUGAAAAUAAAGAACAUGUGAAGUGAAUUAUAUUUAUAUAGUGUUUUUUUCUCAAGUGACCCCAAUAUCUGAGUUACAUUUAAACCAGUGUGGGGGGCACUGGGGGCAGGUGGGUAAAGUGUCUUGCCCAAGGACACAACAGCAUUGACUAGGAUGGCGGAAGCGGGGAUCGAACCUGCAACCCUCAAGUUGCUGGCACCAAGCUAUACUGGAGCUCAAGCAACGAGCAGGUAGCACCGUAGCAGUAGUUUGUCAAUCACGUCAUCCAGCGUCCUCAAUUUCCGCCACCCCAGCUCGGACCUUCUUUUGCCAACAGUGCGGCGGCGAACCACCUCAGUGCUGGGGGGGGGAGCGGGCAACAUAUAGUUCAGUCCAGCCUAGAUUAAAGAUGAGCAGUUUGUCCUUUUUCUGACAUAUUCGAAGCAAAUAUGGCACUUUUUUUUUUAACUUUUAAACACCGUACCUUGUCAUUGAUUAUAAUUUUUUUUUUAUACGGUUAGAACUACGCCAUUGUCUGGAUUUAAUUAUUUUUCUGAUACAGUUGGUGUCUCACUUGUGUCGGGUGCGUCCCUGGGAUGGAGCAAAGCCAUACAACGACAUCAAACCUGCACAUGCAACGUUCAGUCAGUCACAGGUAUGUUAGCAUGUCUGGAGAGUUGUCCAUAGGGGCGUGAAUCUUUAGGCAACAACACGGUUCUUAAUUCAAUCCGACUCUUGCAAUAUUCGGUAUAAUAAUUAUAUUGAAACUUUUUCAAAACAGGUUAGAAAAGCUUCUUCCGGUUGCAUGUUGAUGCCUGUAAAAAGAUAUUUAGAAAAAAUUGUAUUAUUCUUGUUUUAAUUGAUUUUUUUUUUAAUUAUGAAGAACACUUGCGACUUAGAUGUUAAUCGAUUUUCCUUGUUUUAAUAAUUCUAAGGAAACUUUUCCAAAACAGGUUAGAAAAGCUCAUUCUGGUUAAAUGGAGAUGGCCUAAAAACUUUUUUUUUUAAAUAUAUAUUCUUUAAAAAAAAUAUAUAUAUAUAUUUUCUCUCCAAUUAAUUUUUCAAAAAAUUAUGGAUCGAUUUAAAAUCUCAAUUAAAUUUUUUGAAAAUGAUCAAUCCAUUCACAAUUUGUGCACUUCUUUUGGUAUAACAAUUAUGAGGAAACUUUUUCAAAACAGUUUACAGGUGGAAAAAAAGCUCCUUCUGGUUGCAUGGAGAUGGCUUGAAAACAUUUUUAAAAAUGUAUUCCUAAAAAAAAAAAAAUGUUUGUUUUAUUUUUUUCAAUCGAAUAUUGAAAAAAUUAUGAAUCGGUUUAAAAUCGGGAUGAAGAUUCAUCGCGAUUUGGAUGUGAAUCGUUUUUUUUUUGUGCACUUUUAUUUCAUAAAUGUUUUUUUGAAAAUCAAUUCCUGAUUUAAAAAAAAAAAGUAUUAAUUAAAUUUGUUUCAAAUUAUCACUAUUUAGAAUCGGAUAAAAGAACAAUCACAAUUUGGUUUGAAUCGGUUUUUUUUUUUGGUAUAACAAUUAUUUAAUUACUUAUUUGGUAUAAUAAUCAUUGUUUCUUUUGAUAUUAACAAAAGAAACAAUAAUGGAUUACAAAAUGUUGUCUGUCUGUAAAUAAAUAUUUCAAAAAUUUAUAAGGAAACUUUUCCAAAAUAGUUUACAUGUGAGAACAACUUCUGGUUGCAUGGCGAUGGCGUAAAAACAUAUAUUUGAAAAUUGAUUUAAAAAAAGUGAAAUUUUUUUAUCGAUAUAGGAUGUUUAUGAUCCCAAUUAGAAUCGUGAUGAAAAAUAAUCGUGAUAUGGAUAUAAAUUGAUUUUUUAUUUUUUUUGUGCACCCUUAUUUGGCAUAAUAACUAUAUAUAUACUAAUCACAAAAUGUGUUCACAACAGACUACAGGUUAGAAAAGCUCUUUCUGGUUGCAUAGAGAUGGCCUAAAAACAUCCAUCCAUUUUCCUACCGCUUGUCCCUUUUGGGGUUGCUGGAGCCUAUUCCAGUCACCACCUCAUCACAAGGCCAACACAGAUACACAACAAUUUGAAAAUUGAUUUUCAUUAAAAAACUAAAAAAUAUUUUUUCUGUAAUCGAUCGUGAUCUGGAUGUAAAUCUUUUUUUUUUCUUUUUUGGUGCACCCUUAUUUGGCUUAGUCACAAUAGCAAAAUGUGUUCACAACAGAUUACAGGUUAGAAAAGCUCUUUCUGGUUGCAUGGAGAUGACCUAAAAAUUUCUUUUUUUUAAACGGAUUCUUAUAUUGAAAUUAAAAAAAUAUAUAAUUAUGAAUUGAUUUAGAAUCGGGAUGAAGAUUCGUGAUUUAGAUGUGAAUCAAUUGUUUCGUGCUGCCCUGGUUCUCACUAAAGUGAGGGUCUACAUCAGGGGUCUCAAACUCAAUUUAUCUGGGGGCCACUGGAUGUUUCUUAAAAAAAAAAGUUUUUUAAAUGUCUUUAUUUUUAUUUUCAACACAAAAUAAAAUCAAAAUAUAAAUGAACAAAAUGAGAAAAACAAUUAAAAAAAAAAAAUAACGGUUUGAAUUGGCCCAGGUUAUCGGGGACUGUUAUUACUGACGGACAGGUGUCAAGGUGCGACUGCAGCCAGGCACGUUAGAAAACCCUCGUCUCCAUGGCAACGUUUCUGUCGCUUUCACUCAUUUGCCGCUUUUCCACCAAUGCAGGGGUAGGCAACACAGAACAGAACGUUGAAAGAGCCAUUUUGGACCCAAAUAACAAAAAUAAUCUCUGCCUGGAGCAAACGGAAGGGAGGGUUUCUCUGCUUGCAUCAUGCAAGUGAUGUCAGUUUUCGGCCCUCGAGAGCCACAUACCACACCGUGAUUGGUAGAUUCCUUCAGCUCCGCACUUCAUACAAAACUCGCUUGCCGCACUAACAUUAAACUUUUAUAUUAAGGUGGUGGCCGCGUGUCUCAGCCCCCUGGUCUACAUGUAUUAAAUAGGAAAUAAAAAUACAAUCGGGGGGGAAAAAUCUGUUCGUACGAAUUGUUUUUGUGUUUUUGUUUUUUUACAAAAAAAGCCAAAGAUGUGGAAAAGAUUACCAGAAUGUUCCCACGCUACACUUAUUAGUCAUCAACUCCUCAAGAUUGGAUUUUUGUCAAACCUGAUUGAAAUGUCCUUAGUGGGAGUGAGGAUGUGGGCGGUGCCGGUCUGGGGGGGGUGAAAGUCCUGUUGGGACAACACGGCCCAGCAGUGCGCAGGGUGGCCACACUUGGAGUGGAAAACUGUCCCCUCAAGUCAAUCUAAUCCCCCCUCCCCCCAAAAAAAGUCCUUUCGUCCCUCCGGGAGAGACAUGGAUGCGCCCGCUGAACUCAAUUAGCAAAAUGUCAGCUGGGAGGAUUGUGCCAAACAAGGGCAGAGCCUGGCUUACAUGUUUUUCACGCCAGAACUUUUCCUGUUGCCAACUUUCAAUCAAACUUGUCAAAUUGUAGCUGAUCUGUGCGUUCUCCAAUCACUGUGAUUUCACUGUGACCGAGUCUGCUGUCAUCGGUUUUUGGUCUUUAUAAUUGGUAGUAAUCACUACAGGAACUAAGGAUGCUGGACCUCUCAGGUAAACGCAGAGUGACGUAUACGUAAAGUUUACCGUAAACAAAUAUAGCUGAUUGAAUAAAACGAUAUGAUUCCAUAAAAUGA